UCCUUACGGAGAUUUUUGCAUCUUCAGCAGCCUCAGGUGAGGUGCCAGAUGACGGGGAGAUUGCAGAUCUUGUUCCUUUGUUCAAGAAGGGCAGCAGGGAUAAACAAGGAUGUCACCCGGUGAAAUGAGGGUUCUGCUGCUGAUCCUGGGUUCUCUGGCCGCAGACUCCGCACUCGGUGAUCCGUGUGUAACCCACACCGUCCUGGAUCAGCCCUGGAGGAGCACGAAUUGUUCCGACACUGAGUGCACCGGCCGAUGGAUGGACGACAGAGAUCUUGUGUUGGGAUGGUACAGAUUUAACAGUUCCGGCAGCCGGAAGAUUCCCGAGACUGUCGUUCCAGUGAAUCACUGCUCCGGGGAGAGACCGGGCUGGUUAAACGGUGCCCAUCCCAGUGUGGGAGAGGGGGAGGUGACCAGGACCGUCUGCUUCACCUGGGAUGGAAACACCUGCGACAGGGAGCAGGCGAUCAGGGUGAAAAACUGCUCCGGUUACUUUGUGUAUCAGCUGAAGCCGCCACCCUACAGUCGCUCUGUGUAUUGUACAGCCCUCGGGCGCCAGCCUGAAGAUCUCCCCCGGGAGUGGGUCUCAGCAUCGGGCUCAGUGGCUCUUCUCUUCCCGCCCCACUCACCAGUGUGA